GUCCAGACCUCCGAAAUUGGCAUCUCCCUUGUGUCGGGCUCAAGACCACGCUUUUCUCGUGCAUGUAAUCAUGCGUUCGGCGCCAUGAGCAAAUGUGUCGUGGAACACAGGGGGCUUGGAAGCGAUGGUGAGUCAGAUGACGAAGACGACGACGACGAUACUGACGCCUCGUCAGCAUCAGACGACGCACCUGUGCGAAUACUUCUCUUCGCGUUCAUGUUCAUGUUCCAGGGCUACGGCUGCAUGGUCGGAAAUCCGCAGCAUGCGCUAAAAAUGAAGCUGGAUCCUGGCGGGACUUGGGGCGAGCAGGAGUCGAAGGAUUUUCAAGAUGCGACCGCUUCCUUUCAACUCGCGAAGCUGUUCAUGCGGAUCGGGCAGAUUGCUUUCUUGGUGUUCUUGCGGCCGAACGGAAUAGUGUUUUUAUCGUACAUCGUUAUGUUUGUCGCGCUCCUCACGCCUCUGAUUGGAGUCUGGGGCAUGGGAAUCGACAGCCUCUGGAUUGUCUACCUCCAGUACAGCUUGGGAGGUGCUGCAGUUGGCAUGUUUGAGGGCACAUUCUUGACUGCCAUAAGUUCCCUCGGCAAGGACACCAAGACCUUCACCAUCAUGGGGGCGCCGUUGGGCUUCGCCGUGAACAAUGUGAUCCUCGGGCUGCUGUCGCAGUGCGGCAUGCCCGCGCAGCUGUACUACGUCUACAACGCCGCGUGCGUGCCGAUCGCCGCGGCCAUCUUCUACCAUUACGCGCCUCGCGCGGACGGAAAGAGCGACGGCAAAGGCUGCCAGGUGUUCGCCAACUCUAUGAGGCACGCCCGCGCAUGGCUGCCCUUGAUGAUCCCAUGGCUGAUCGCCAAGUUUAUCGGCAACUUCGUGCUUGAAGAUGGCUUCCCGCUACUCUUCAACAUGCUAGAGGGCGACAGCCGCUCCGCGCACGAAGAGGGCUCUCGGAGGCCCACGUCGGGAAGAACACCGGCAGCCUCGAUCUUGUCGUUGUGCCCCGACGGCGAGGUCGAUCAGCAUGCCGCCUCGUGUCGCUUCUGCUCGUGCCCGUUGGACGCGUGUCUCUCAGCGAGCUGGACCGCCCUCCAGGAAUCACGCUGUCGCUUGGGCCUGCGCAGCGGACUACGUGGGAAUCGCGCUGUCGCUCAAGAGUUCCCACCGAUGCAUGCAGGAUGCACGCUUUAGCAACCCGCCUGCUCGGCCUCGCCGCCCGGGGCCGCCUUCCCGGCCCGCCCGAUCUGCCCGUUUGGUUCUGCCACGUGUCUCGUGCUCCUGCCUUCCCUCCUGCUUAUUUCUCUCGUGCUCCAUCCUUGUCCCUCCCCCGU